CCAGUCCCAGCGAAAACCCAAAUUAAGUAGCUACACAUAGGCCUUCAUAACACAUUUAAGAUUACACUACUACUACUAAAAAAGAUCAAAAACCUGUUAUCCUUUUUUUUUUUUCUGAAAUUGCUUCCAAUUCCAUAUGGCUGCCCUUACGCCCGGCUCAUCUUCUUCAGCUCUGCACCAUAAUUUUCAGCGUAGUAUAUCACAUAGCUACACUUCAAUUAUGGUAAAGGAAUCAAAGGUUACCACCACCACCUGUACCAGAAAGAGCAGGAGGCUGUCUUUCAGCUCCAUGCCUGCUACUCUCAACAUUAGAUGUGCAGCAACCAAGCCUGCCAAAACACCAGCUGAAGAAGACUGGUCAAUUAAGAGAGCAAAACUUCUUGAGAAAAGGGUAAGGAGUGUAGAUGCAAAGGAAGCAUUUAGACUUCAGAAAGAAAACAAUUUUGUGAUUCUUGACGUACGCCCAGAAGCAGAGUUCAACGAGGCUCACCCACCAGGAGCUGUGAAUGUCCAAAUAUAUAGGCUAAUCAAGGAGUGGACAGCUUGGGACAUUGCUAGACGAGCAGCAUUUGCCUUUUUUGGCAUAUUCCAAGGAACAGAAGAAAAUCCCGAGUUUCUUCAAACUGUGGAAUCUAAAAUAGAUAAGAAUGCCAAAAUCAUAGUAGCUUGCUCAUCUGGAGGUACAAUGAAGCCAACACAAAAUCUUCCAGAAGGCCAGCAGUCAAGGUCACUCAUUGCAGCCUAUGUGCUAGUUCUCAAUGGUUAUACCAAUGUUUACCACUUGGAAGGAGGGCUCUAUACCUGGUAUAAGGAAGGAUUACCUACAGUUUCUGAAGAAUGAAAGCUCGGUCGGUCUGUUAACCUAUGUAAGAUCAUGCUACCACAAAUGUGUUCCUUGUAUAGAGAUGAUUUUUCAUUAGACAUAGAUCAACAAGAAACACUUUGGCUUUUUCCCCAAAUAUUCCAUCUUGCUACC